ACUGCGCCGUGACGUCACAUACCCGGAAGUGUCAGAUGUUUGCUUUGAAGGGGUCAAAGAUGGCUGCAGCUGUUUGCAGGUCGCUGUGCAGCAUGCGCAGCGCUCAUCUUCUCAACAGGUCACAGCUGCUCACCGGACGUCGGUUGUACUCCGACGGAACCGAACCAGAACCAGAACCAGAACCGCUGACCGUGCGCAGGCAGGACAACGGCAUCAGGUGACGAACUCGCUGGAGAAAUGGAGCACAUUCCCAAACAUUCCGAAAUAGGUCAACCGCGUAACACUGCAGUCUACUUGAAUGCAACCAGUACGCGUCGCGUCGUUCAAGUCUUCAUAAAUCCGGCGUAUUUUGUAACUACUUUCUGGCCACUUUAUUCGUUUAGUGACCUUGUUUUCCUGCUUUGUAUUUGUUGUAACGUGAUGUCAAUAAAUGAAAUGUGUGCAUUAACGCAUGUGCGUAGAAGGAUAAUACUGAACAAUCCCCGAAAGAGAAACGCUCUUUCGCUGUCCAUGCUGGAGUCUCUCCGAGGGGACAUCCUGGCUGAUGUGGACAGUCCGGAUCUCAGAGUCAUCAUCAUAUCAGCCGAAGGCCCGGUGUUUUCCUCUGGCCACGACUUGAGGGAGCUGACGUCGGCCCGCGGUCCAGAGUAUCACAGGCGCGUGUUUCGCACCUGCACACAAGUCAUGACUCUGAUACAGGACCUUCCCGUUCCCGUCAUCGCCAUGGUGAACGGCGUGGCCACGGCGGCGGGCUGCCAGCUGGUGGCCAGCUGCGACGUGGCGGUGGCGUCCGACAAGUCCACCUUCGCCACCCCGGGCGUCAACGUGGGCCUGUUCUGCUCCACGCCGGCCGUGGCCGUGGGCCGAGCCGUGCCCAGCAAGGUUGCCAUGGAGAUGCUUUUCACGGGCACUCCCAUCUCGGCCCGUGAUGCUUUGCGGCACGGGCUGCUCAGUAAGGUGGUUCCGGAAGAGCGUCUGGAAGCGGAGACGUUGGCCGUCGCCCGGCGAGUGUGCGGGGCCAGCCGACCCGUGGUGGCCCUCGGGAAGGCCGCCUUCCACAGGCAAAUGUCUCAAAGUCGAGACGCGGCGUACGCCGCCGCCUCCGAGGCGAUGGUGGACAACCUCGCUCUGAGGGACGGCCAGGAGGGAAUUCGAGCCUUCGUGGAGAAACGCGAGCCGGUGUGGAGCCACAGAGCGGAAAGCGUCCACGACUGACCCCGUCUCCUUCGGACCUCAACUGAACCCGGCGUGCCUUGAAAAGUUGCAUUGUUUAGAUCCGUAAUUGGAGAACGGACUCAAUCAAGCUAAAAAAGGAAGCGCUCGCUGCGGGAGGACAGCGAGCGCUUACUGAAAGUUUCUCCAUGGCGAGGAUGAUUGUGUCUUACCAAUGCAAAUAAAAUAUCAGUCCGUUUUC